CAAAAAGUUCUCUUGCCGCAUGUGGAUUUUCCACGAACCCACCAGAAACGGCUAGCCCCGGACAAACACCUCUUCCGCCCUCCGCCCGGGCUGCUCAUGUUUGCCGUCACGGGAAAGAAGUUUUCGACCCGGAGACUCCAGAUCAUAGCCGGAUCUCUUCCUCCACGCCGUUAUCCAGGCCACGUUUCCUAGCAGUGCAGCUGCCCCGCUGGCUCUAGUUUUUUCUUUUCAAUUUAUUCUGUAUUAGAAUUCUAAUUUAUUUCAUUUUCUUCCGAGAUGGCUAUCUGGGACACAGUUACGGGCCGCAAGUCCAAUACCAACAACCCCGAGCCCUUUGACCCGUCGACCGCGCAGGAUGUCUCUUCGUUUCUAUCAGGCUCUGCGCUUCCAGACCCCUCUGAGCUGCACCCCCUCGCUGGUCUGAAUCAGGACACGCUCGACUACCUUACCCUUGAAGACUCCGCUCUGGACGAGCUGCCCGGAUCUCGAUCCGCUCUGCCUUCAAGAGGAUGGACGGACGAUCUCUGUUAUGGAACUGGCACAACAUAUCUUGCGGCUUUGACUCUUGGAGGAGCUUGGGGGCUUGCUGAAGGGUUGCAGAAGACUCCAUCUACGGCGCCUCCGAAGCUACGGCUGAACAGUGUUUUGAACUCAAUCACCCGAAGAGGACCCUUUCUCGGCAACUCUGCCGGUGUGGUCGCCAUGGUUUAUAACGGAAUCAACUCAUCGCUUGGGUAUGUGCGUGGAAAGCACGAUUCGGCCAAUAGCAUUGUCGCGGGAGCCCUCAGUGGAAUGGUCUUCAAGAGCACGAGGGGCGUGAAGCCCAUGCUGAUUUCCGGAGGAAUUGUUGCUAGCAUUGCUGGCGCUUGGGCGGUUAUGAGAAGAGCUAUCUUCUAAAGGCACCGCGACGCGAUUAUCGUACCUACGUGACUGGUCGAGAUAGGUAGACCUGAUUAAUUUUGCGGCCGACGCCUCGGGGCAAUACCCUCCUCCACAUAGAGCGGCCCGAGCGGCGGAUGUCGCAGCUGUCACUAUACUCCUUCACGCUGUAUUAGAAGCUUGCUAUUUAUUCCGACAAAUCUCCUCACUCCGGCGCUCGAAGCAUCCUUUAUUGCAUUGUCUCUGGGUUUGGGACCGGGCAUGGUCAUGGGCUGUUUUAGUUUCCUGUACAUAUAGAGAUCUCCUUUGGAUCCUUUUUUAUCGUUUGCAGAUGCUUGGCGAUGACUGUUUUCUUACUAGUUUGUCACGACAGGCGAUCUUUUACGAAGUGCUCCAAUGGAG